AUUUUCCACUAAAGAACUAAUGUAGAAGCCUUCCAAAAUUGUCAUAAUUAAUAACAUGUUCUUUAAUAAAUAUAAAUUCCUAACAUUGAAUCAUUAUAAGGCAUGCUGUACCUAUAUAAAAGCUUCAAUAGAAGUGAAUAAAUGCCCCAUUUUAAGAACUGUUUCCUUGGUUAUUUCUAUAAACACAUGUACAAUUGGUUUAAUGUACAGUUUAAUUAUAAUUAAACAUUUUUAAAACUAAUGUUAAACACAAUGCCACCUAAUUAAAGUACAUUAGUUUUACUUUUGCACAAGUUUUACACUUUAACAUACAGAAGGUCAGGUGUAUGUGACGCCUGUACUUUAAAUAAUUGCCUUUUGCAACUUCUGCUUUUUUUAUGGCACGGUGAAAACAUGAAGUACACGAGCUUCCCUUCCUGGUUUUAUGACUCUGUGUUUUCCUCUCCUCUCAGGUGCACGAUGAGCUCAGCAGCCGAGGAAGAGGAGGCUGCAGCCAUAGAGACCGUGAAGGCCGUCACACUCAGCCAGGAGAGAGACCUCAUCCUGCAGUGUCAUCACAAUGACGAGGACUCUGAGCCCCUUCAGAAGAAGCUGCGUCUCUCUUCAGAAGAGCAGGACGUCUCGGACGCUCCACAGUUCUCCGUGGUCACGUUACCCAUGUCGGAGAGCGAUGAAGGCUUCGAGGUGACGAUGACGGCCACAGCAGACACCGACCUCUCUGAUGACGGAGUCGCUCACAUCCAGAUUCUGCAGGAGGAAGAGGACUGCCCCUGUCCUGAUCAGAAGUCUGAAGUGUCUCCUGUCAGUCAGGCCUGGUUCACCACCAAGGAAGACAAAGACACACUGACUAACAAAGGUCACAAGUGGAAGCAGGGCAUGUGGGCGAAAGAGGAGAUCGACAUCCUGAUGAACAACAUCGACCGAUACGUGAAGGCCCGAGGCAUCGAGGACCCUGCAGAGAUAAUCUUCCAGAUGUCCAAAGAGGAGAGGAAGGACUUCUAUCGCUCCGUGGCGCUUGGCUUGAACCGGCCGCUGUUCGCCAUCUACAGACGAGUCCUCCGCAUGUACGACAACCGCAACCACGUCGGGAAGUAUACUCCAGAUGAGAUAGAGAAGCUCAGAGGGCUGAGGGAGAAGUACGGGAACGACUGGGCCACGAUCGGCUCGGCUCUGGGUCGCAGCGCCUCGUCCGUCAAAGACCGCUGCCGCCUGAUGAAGGACACCUGCAACACAGGUAAAUGGACUGAGGAGGAGGAGCGGCGGCUCGCUGAGGUUGUGUACGAGAUGUCGGGCGUGAAGCCGGGCUUGGCGGUGACCGGCGGGGUUUCCUGGGCGACGGUGGCCGAUCUGGUGCGAACGCGCUCAGAGAAACAGUGCCGGUCCAAGUGGUUAAACUACCUGAACUGGAAACACAGCGGGGGGACGGAGUGGAUGAAGGAGGACGACGUCAACCUCAUACACAGGAUCUUGGAGCUGCAGGUGGAGGAGGAGAAUGAAAUCAAGUGGGAGGACCUGGCCGGCGGCUGGAGCAGCGUCCGAUCUCCUCAGUGGCUUCGAUCCAAGUGGUGGAGCAUCAAGAGACAAGUUUCCAACCACAAGGAGAUCCCAUUCAACGUCCUCCUGAAGGGUCUACGGGAGCUCAUGGCGUCCUCACACUCGGGGUCCGGGGCGGGGAGUCCCUCCUCUUCCUCCUCCCCCUCGCUGCAGAUCCGACUCACCCGAUUGGAGGAGAGCGGUGGAAGUCCCGCCCCCUCCUCUGUGGCGGCACUACAGAUCCCCGUACAAAUCCCGCUGCAGAUCACACACCUGGCUGCAGACUCGUCAGCGGCAGCCAGCGACAGUGACACCAUCACCGGAGCCCUGCAGACCUUCGAGAUCCUGCCUUCCUUCCACCUGCAGCCCACCGGAACCCCGGGGACUUACUUCCUGCAGACGACGUCCAAUCAGGGCCUGAGUUUAGGCAACAACAGCACGGUUACCCUGACGACAGGCUCCUCCCCUUCAUCACACGAACACAUCAUCCUGCACAGCCUGUCGACUGACGGCCUCUGCGCCAGCGACGGCGUCAUCAUCCAGACGGUCACGUCUGACCCCGCCUCCUCAGACCCUCUCGGCCAAUCACAGCUUAUCGUGGAGGAAGAGGGGCGGAACCAGGAGAGUCUCCUCGAGGGUUCUGUGACAGAACCUCAGGAGCCAAUCACAGAAGGCUUCAGUGACAAGGAGUUACAUUCACCGUCUGGUGAGGAUCCAGUGGUGCAUUCUGGGAUAACAUCUCGGAACGCCGUGCUGAUUGUGUCUCCGAACAUCAGCAGCACCCUGACAGAUCCGAUCCUAGAGAACCAGGACGGCUCCGACUGAACUCCAAACAUGGUCGCUGGUGAUUAAAGGACUACAGGAUGAAGAGGAGGAGGAGGAGGAGGCUUCUUCUUCUUCUGUGGUGCUGCGGCUGCACAUUACGACAGGAAGCAGACUCUGUGUGGUUGUAAAUGACACCCCUGGAUUAAAUGUGAAUACUUGCCAAAGAGACUCAGAGACAAAAGGAUGUGGCCUUUAAAUAAACACUUGUUCAUAUGUAAAUAAAUGUGAUGAUACGCAAACUUAGUGGUUUCAUUAAAGAAUUCCCCCAAAAUAUGGAGGAAGUUGUGUUCCUUUUAUUAUUUAUAUCAAAUAGAAGGUGGAGUAAUACACAAUACUACUGUCCAGUGCAGCAGUAAAAUGCUGCCUUGAAUUGGACUGACUGGUUUGAAUAAUAUGUGAGCUUUUGAAAACAAUCAAGACUUUAUUAUUAAAAAAAACUGCAGAUUUUUUUGUCAGAAAAAUGGACUCAAAUCUGCUAAUCAGAUCUUUUAGGAAAAAAAGUCAGAUUUUUUUGAAGAAAAUAAUCGGCCAAGUUAUAAUUUUGAAUAAAUGGUAGCAGGCCACCCCAAAUAGUCACCCAGAGAAUAUCAGGACAUUCUGAUGUGCAGUUUCAAAAUAAAAGACCUUUGAAAUCU